GGGUCAGAGGUGCUGUACUUCGUUUCCCGGCUCGUCCUACCGUCACCGCUCCCACGGCCAGACGGCAGCACCUCCCUGUUGGCACAGGUAUCCGCGUCAGUCGUCUCCUCCGCCGGAGUCCAGGCAGAGAGUCAGAGAGCAGAUCGGUUCCGGCUGUCGUAUGGACGUAACUUUGAGCCGAGAGGCUUCACUGAGCUGGAGGCUUCGCAGGUUAAUUGUUUUUUGAAGCAGGGCAGGGACUUGUGCCGAAUCGCCUGCGACAUCAAAUCACUGUUCUGCAUGUUUCUCAAUGUUGUGUUGAUCGAAACGGAAGGACAGGAGCGUUUUUUCCACCCACCUGGCACUGUCCCCAUAGAGCCGAUGUCCGUGGACAUGGAAAGGUUCGUCCAUCGGGGCUGGGAUGGGCGGGUCCUAGAUGUGGACGAAUUUCAGGUAGCCAAAGCUCUGCUGACCGGAGAAGCGGACCUCCUGAGCCAGGAAGUCGACGGCAAGCACCUCUUCGACUGGUGCUGUCACUUUGGACACCAGAGCACUGCUGCAGCGAUGGUUUCGUUUGGAGUGCAAGGUUGCGUUUUCAAGGGACCUCGCAGCUUGCCGCGACAUUGUUCUGGACCUGUCACUCGACGAGAACCUCGCUCCACUGAUGUAUUCACUGCACUCCCUACUUGCCACUGCCGUGGUCGGUCUACCUGCAAAACGUGCGGCUGGGCCUUUCCGGAGCAAAAGGGCAUAUGGGUGGAGCAGUGGGAUGCAAGCCUCCAGGAGGCCAAAAACGCCGCGAAAAGUGCUGCCACGAUACCUGUCGUUCGCGCCUUGUUGGAGGCCUUUCGCUCCCAGGCGGCUGUUGACGGAAUCGCCACGGCUGAAGGCAUGGCUUACCUUCUCGAUGUUGCCAUCCUCAUCGGGGAUGCCGAACUGGCGAGAUGCUGCGCCAAGCACUGCACCCGUUUGCCUUUAAGGCGCUGGAGAGGCGAGGAGCUUGUGAGGAUCAUGGAAGAUAACCUCCUGCUUCGAGCAGAGAUUCGGGAGAAAGACGUUCUGGUUGCCGCUCUGGCCGCCGGCCUGGAGCUCGAGCAUCUGAAGCUGGACGGGGCCGGCAGGGUGUCGCUUGCGGAAGCCAUCGUACUUUCCGCAGACGCUGAGCUCUGGCACCGAGUCGAAGACCUUCAACUGCAGCUCGGGCCCUGGCCAGCGCAUGAUGAAGUUUAUAACACAAUGGCCGAGUUUCUCCUCGAUCGCUCCGCCGACCAAAACAGCCUGAGCUCGGAGCGCCUGCAUCGGGCCGAGAGAGCCGGCCUCGCGCUGACCUCGUUUCGGGUGCAGGUUUUCUUUGACUGCCAGGGAUGUGGCAGCAGUUAUUUUCAGAAACCGUUCUCCUUGCUGGACUUGGCGAUCUUCUUUGGUCAGAGCGACUGUGCAGAACUCUGUGGGUCGAUGGACAUUGAGGCGACAAAGGUUACGCUGCCAGCGAGCCUUGAAGCGAUGCCUAUAGAGUGGGAGGACGUGGAUACAUGCUUUUCUUGUGGAUGUACCUCGUUUGGAAUUACAGAUGAUACAGAUUUCACUGACUGGGCCGAGAGCAUCGCAUCGCUCCCGGAGCGCCAGGCUGCAGCAGCCGAGGCCCUUCGCACGGCGCUGCAGGCAUCCCACCGAAAAACCGCAAGCUCUGCAGGCUUCGGGCUCUUCCAGGCCAUGCGAUGCUGGGCUCGCGGGAAGUCGGUGCCAAUAUCUUUGGUAAACUUGGUGUUGACAUUCGCAGCAAAGCGGCCAUCACUGCUGCAGGCCCUCGAGGGACGUGAGGGGGAGCUCCCGCCCUUGGGCCACUGGUGGGAGGAGUCGGAGCACCGAGUUCACCAAGACCCUCGGAGUCCCCAGCCAAUGGUGGAGAGUACGGAGCCACAUCCAGUCAGUCAGAAUGUUGGCAUGCGGGAGGAGUCGGGGCAAGAUGGUGCGAGCCAGAGUCCACAACAAGCGGAUGAUCCCUGCGUGCAGGCAGGGCCGUCGCCAUCUGCGAACGGCGGCGACCCGUCGGUCGCUGCAGCUUCCUCCCCGACAAAUGCUGACACUCCAAGCCCAGAUGUGAAGCCUUCCGCCAACGAUGACCUCAUGAUCGCCCUCCGCGACAGCAAGAGCGACAUGCCCCCUCUGAGCCCGGAAGGUGCAGUGGUCUUCCGGCUCUCCCGGCAGAGCAAUGCCCCGCGCGUCAAUGACAUCCUCCUCGAUGCGACGGGCCCAUUGGCUGAACUCCACCUGCGAGUGUUGGAGGCUGGUUGCGAGGUCGCACCGAAAUGGUCGCCGGUGAAGGCCUUGUUUAUUCCCGUGACGGAGCCGCAGAUGCAGGAGUUGCUUCACUCGGAGAGUGACCGCUACGAGCUGGGAAAGACGCACAUCGUGGCCCUCCUCUCGGACUUUGACCUCAUCGACGGAGCGCUGCGCCAGCUCCCAAAGAUCACGCGGCCGAAGCUCCGGAGAGACACUCCGAAGGAGCAUGCGGAAGGCGAUGCCGAAGCUGCGGCAGGAGAUGAGGAAGACGAUGCGCCCAUGAUCGUCCUGGAAGGAGGGCUCCGUACAGACUCCAGCGUGGGCUUCCCGCCGAAUCCGUGGCAGUCGGAGCAGUGA